AUGCCCUUCGCACCAUUUGUUGGUGUAAAUCACCACGGCCAGUCAAUUUUGCUGGGAGCAGGAUUGAUAUCCAGUGAGGAUACGAAGACAUUUGUGUGGUUAUUCCAAACAUGGUUGAAAUGUAUGGACGGUAUAGUUCCGAGAGCCAUAAUCACAGAUCAGGACAGAGCGAUGAAAAAUGUGAUUGCCAUUGUAUUUCCACAAAGCCGACAUCGAUUUUGUUUGUGGCAUAUACUGAAUAAAGUCCCUGAAAAGCUUGGCUCCCAUAGUUUGUACAAAAGUGGUAUAAAAACUGCUUUGAUGAAAUAUGUGUAUGACACCCAAUCUGUUGAGGAGUUUGAAAAUUGUUGGGAGCAGCUAAUCACCACAUACAACUUGCAUAAAAAUGCCUGGUUAAAAAGUUUAUAUGAUGAGCUUGAGCAUUGGGUACCAGCAUUCUUGAGGGACAUAUUUUGGACUGGAAUGAGUACUACGCAGCGGAGCGAGAGCAUGAAUGCAUUUUUUGACGGUUAUGUUCAUGCCAAGACAAAUUUGAAAGAAUUUGUCGACCAGUUUGACAACGCUCUGAAAAAGAAAAUUGAGAAUGAAACUACCGCGGACUUCCACUCAUUUAGUGUCUCAAUUUCCUAUAUAUCUCGAUCCCCAAUUGAGAAGAGGUUUCAAGAUCUGUACAUGAAUGCUAAAUUCAGGGAAAUUCAACAACAAAUUACCGAUAUUAUUGAUAUGGAUCCAAAGUUAUUUAAGCAUGAUGAAAAAAUAAAGACAUAUCAUGUAGAGGAUGAAGUUCGUGUGGAAGAGUUCACAAAAUCGGUUACUCACUAUGUGGACUUUAGUGAGGAAGAUACAACUGCAAAGUGUUCAUGUGAGUUAUUUCAGAUGAGGGGAUAUUGUGUAGGCACAUUUUGA